UAGAACCGAACAGCAAAAGCGGGGAAACAAUAACAAAAACAACAACAAAAAAACAUUUAAGGGAAAUGUUAACCCAACAAAAAUACCAACUACAAAUUGUGUAAAAAAUUCCAUCAAUACUAUUUACAUCAUUCAAAAAUUAAUCUAAUAGACAACAAAAAAAAACGAGCAAAAUAAAAGAGACGAAAUGUUUAUUUUAACGGUAAUUAAAUUGCUGCUUAUAGCCUUAAAUAUAUUCCCCAGUCGAUUCACAAAUCGACGGAUUUUGUUUGUCAUCUACAUGACGAAUCUGGUGACGCACGUCAUGAUGGAUGAGCCACGCUUCGCCCAGCCGAUACCAAACGUCACCGUGGCCGUGGGCCGUGAUGCCAAUCUGCCCUGUGUCGUUGAGCAUUUGGGUGGCUAUAAGGUGGCUUGGAUACACAUCGACAGGCAAAUGAUAUUGACCAUCCAUCGGCAUGUGAUAUCGCGGAUACCACGCUACAGCAUCACCUACACGGACAACACGUGGCUGUUGCACGUGAAUCAGGCCCAUCAGGAUGAUCGCGGCUACUACAUGUGUCAGGUCAACACGAAUCCAAUGAUUAGCCAAGUUGGCUAUCUACAGGUGGUGGUGCCACCCAACAUUCUGGACAUUGAGAGCACACCAUCGUCGGUGGCCGUGCGUGAGAAUCAAAAUAUCAACAUGACAUGUCGUGCCGAUGGCUUUCCAACGCCCAAAAUCAUUUGGCGUCGCGAGGAUGGCGAGGAAAUUGCCGUCGAAAAGAAGAAAAAAGGUAAAGUGCUGGUCUAUGAUGGCGAUGUCCUGCCGCUGACCAAAGUGAGUCGCAAUGAGAUGGGCGCCUAUCUCUGCAUUGCCACAAAUGGAGUACCGCCAUCGGUGUCCAAGCGCAUUAUCCUGGAUGUGGAGUUCUCGCCUAUGAUUUGGGUGCCGAAUCAACUUGUUGGCGCUCCAUCCGGCACAGAUGUAACCAUCGAUUGCCACACGGAGGCGCAUCCCAAGGCCAUCAUAUAUUGGGUAUACAACUCGGUGAUGGUAUUGCCCAGCAAGAAGUAUAAAACCGACUAUACGGAGAACUCCUAUCGCGCCCACAUGAAACUGACGAUAAGAAACCUACAAUAUGGUGACUUUGGCAACUAUCGAUGCAUCUCGAAGAACUCACUGGGGGAAACGGAAGGCUCCAUACGUGUUUACGAAAUUCCUUUGCCAUCCACACCAUCCAAGCAGGUGACCCACACAACCGUCGAGUCCAGGGAGAACAAUAUCAUACCCUCAUCACGCAACGAUACAACGAAAUCCCUACAAACGGAUGUUGGAUAUGCCAUGAAGAACGAUUUAUAUCCUGGCUCUGCCUCCUCCUCAUCGGGGCCGGGUGGCAGUGCCUCGGCUGCCUCGUCAUCAUCAUCGACCUCCAUGCAGACCUCAGCCCUGCCAGGCGGUGCAUCGGGCAAUACCCUAUCCGCAUUGGGGGGCAGCUCCAAGGGCUCCCUGGCGAUAGGCAAGAGCAUGUUCUUCACGGAGCGACCACCGAAUGAGUAUUCAUCAUCAGUGGCUGGACUGAUGCCACCGCACAGAGAGCUGCUGCUGCUGCUUAGCUGCUGGCUAACGCUGGGCACAGGCAUCUAUCUGUCGAUUCAGCUUUGAAAUCAAUAAAUCCUUUGAGUUACUCAAUAAGCAUUUACAAAAUGCAGCCAAAGGGGUGGGGUCUAGUCUAUCUAUCGGGGGGAAAAAGGGGUUUAGCCUAGGUAUAUAAACAUAUUUCAUAGCUGGAAAGUACAUAUAUCAAAAGGAAAAUACCAAUAAGAAUAAUGCUUAAAACACUUGGCUCAACUCACAUCAAAGCUAUGAGAAUUUGUAAAAUUAUCAAACAAAAAAAAAAUUAAAAAAAAACAAAACGAAAACAUAAAGAAAAACGUAUGAAAAUAUUUUGCAAAAACAAUAAAAUGCUCAUUGUAUGUAAAAUACUUAUGAAAGAAUGGGGGAUUAUAAAGCUUAAGAUAUCCCCAAAAAAACAAACUGAGAUGAAAAUCUUCUUGUAUAAUACAUAAAACUUAAACUGAAACUAAAAGCUUAGAAUUAAAUAUAAAAAUCUAAAAAUGUAGUAUCAAAGCGUUGAGCAAAAAGUCUCUGUAUUUUUUUCCUGGAUUUCAGGGCUUAAGUCUGUUUUCUUUUUGUACCACACAAAGCAAAAAAUGCUCCCUCUUAGAGCCCGAACUAUGUUUAUUAAAGAUGCAUUUUUGGUCAAAACCAAACAUAACUGGUUUCUAUUUGGCCAAUUUCAUACAGAUAUUUUUUGCUUUUAAUUGAGAAUUAAUAUUAAGUUUGUUUUUGGGUAUGGAUACCCAACACGCACAUAUGUAUACAUAUCCAAAUGUCACACAGACACAGAAAAUGCAGAAAACACUCGUACAAACUGAACAACUUUUCAUAUCAGGCAGACGAAUAAGAGUCUGAGUGUUUUUGAAUUUUGUUUGAACAUAUCUAAAAAUGUAUACAGUUCUCUCUCAAAU